GCUCAUUCGCUCCCUGUUAGUCAGACCUUGCUCCUCGUGAAGUACCGCCGGAUCGAGCACCAUCCACCAUGACUUCCAAGCCCGCAUACAAAGUCGCUGACAUCAACCUUGCCGACUUCGGCCGCAAGGAGAUCGUCAUGGCGGAGAAGGAGAUGCCGGGGCUCAUGAGUCUGCGGCAGAAGUACGGUGCCGAGAAGCCGCUGAAGGGAGCGCGCGUCGCCGGCUGCCUCCACAUGACCAUCCAGACGGCCGUGCUCAUCGAGACUCUCACCGAGCUCGGGGCUGAAGUGCAGUGGUCCUCGUGCAACAUCUUCAGCACCCAAGACCACGCUGCCGCUGCCAUUGCCAAGAGCGGCGUUCCCGUGUACGCCUGGAAGGGCGAGACAGACGAGGAAUACAUUUGGUGCAUCGAGCAGACCAUCUACUUCCCCGAUGGCAAGCCCCUCAACAUGAUCCUCGAUGACGGCGGUGACCUGACCAACCUCGUCCACGAGAAAUACCCCCAGCUCUUGCCUGACAUCAAGGGUCUCUCGGAAGAAACCACCACCGGAGUACACAAUCUUUACAAGAUGAUGCGUGAGGGCAAGCUCAAGGUUCCCGCCUUCAACGUCAACGACUCGGUCACCAAGAGCAAAUUCGACAAUCUGUAUGGUUGCCGUGAAUCGCUCACCGACGGGAUCAAGCGUGCUACAGAUAUCAUGUUGUCCGGCAAGACUUGUGUUGUGGCUGGCUAUGGUGAUGUAGGCAAGGGCUCUGCACAGUCCCUCAGGGCUUUUGGCUCCCGUGUCAUCAUCACAGAGAUUGACCCUAUUAAUGCUCUUCAGGCUGCCUGUGAAGGUUACCAGGUAACCACCAUGGAGGAGGCCAUCAAGCAAGGUGCAUCCAUCUUCGUGACCACCACUGGUUGCCGUGACAUCAUCACUGCUGAGCAUUUCAGUUCCAUGAAGGAUGACUCUAUUGUUUGCAACAUUGGUCACUUCGACAUUGAAAUUGAUGUGAAAUGGCUUGAUGAGAAUUGCGUCGAGAAGGUGAACAUCAAGCCCCAGGUCGACAGGUACCUCCUCAAGAAUGGAAACCACGUUAUCCUCCUGGCUGAGGGUCGCCUGGUUAACCUUGGCUGUGCUAUGGGACACCCCUCCUUCGUCAUGUCCAACUCCUUCACCAACCAGGUCCUGGCCCAGAUUGAGCUGUGGACCAAGCCUGGCCAGUAUCCCGUUGGUGUGCACUUCCUGCCCAAGAAGCUUGAUGAGGAAGUAGCCCGUCUCCACCUCGACCACCUUGGCGUUAAGCUGACCAAGUUGUCGACUACACAGUCCGAAUACCUGGGACUGCCUUCAGAAGGACCUUUCAAGCCUGAGCAUUAUCGUUAUUAAAUUUCCAGAGUACAAUUCUGUUGUAAAGCCCAAAACCUGGUAAAAAUUUGGUUUAUGCUAGUCCUUUUUCCUCAAAUUGGAAUUAAUUUCAAAAUGGUCCAGUUAAGCUUAAGGGGUCUUAAAAUUAUAGUCAACAGCAAUGGAUGUCUUACAAUUAGCAUCCUGCAAAGUUUUAAAGCCCUUGAAGUUUUUUGGGUGAUACAGCUGUGUGAAUGAGCUGGGUGCGUGUGUGCUAGAGUGAGGGUCAAAGUUGUAAGACUAUGAUAAAUAAACAAUUUUUGUAA